AGAGGAUGAGGGAGUCAGAACCCCUUGCUGUUGAAUCUCGUCAACCUAAUGUCACCAUACCAAUCCAAUAUUUCAGAUUUCCGAUAUCUCCCCAAUCAAUCAAUCAAUCCGAGAUUAAUGAUAUUACUCACGGCGGUCCUCUUGCAGUUCAGGCUCCCGUUGAGGGUGAUACGAAGAUGAGUGAAAGAGAUCAGGAUACACAUGCACAUGGAAAUCUUAACAGAGAAUCUCAGGGUAGUGCUGCAAAUACGCUAGGAAUGCGGAAGAAGCAGAAAGCCUUGCUCUCCUGGAAGCUGCAAUUUGGACUCAGAGAAAGGAAAGGAAAGGAAAAUGCAUGUUUCAUCAGUGAUGCUAAAGUAGUUAUAGAUUGUUUGAAAUCCAAUAAUAACCAGCUGUGCUGGUAUAAUAUGUCAAUCUUGAAUGACUGUAAGUCAGUUUUAGAAUCUUUUAAGUUUAGUAAAUUUGAAUUCUUGAAUAGAAGUUUUACUUAUUUGGCUGAUAUCGCACCCAAACAUGGUAGGAGAAAUAGAGUCAAUGGUGAAUGGUUUGGGUCUAUCCCUUACUUUCUCACUGAACAUCUGUAAUUCCUUGGUUUUUAAUUGUAGUAUUUUUCUUAGCCAAAAAAAAAAAAAAGAAUUAUUAUUAUUAUUUUAUUCCUCUUUCA